AUGGCCGCUGGUCCGAUCGAACACGGAUUUCAAGCUCUGGAAGCCUUCAGUCGACUCAAUCCAGGCGAUACAUUGGACAACUUCCAAGACCGAAGGGAACCACACCACCGGAGCUCGCGUCAUCUGAUCGCUGAGGUCUACAAUGACAAGGCUGGCCACGCUGGCCACACUAUGCGGGUAAUUCAGCUGACAGUAAGCAUGCACUCUCAGUGUCUCCGGUUCACCUGGCAUGGAUGCACGCCGUUAAACCGAUGUGGACGUACAAUCGUUAUCGCAACGAGUACAGGUCGGGAAAUUUAUCAAAUUUACCAGAAUCGUCUUUCGGACCCUCCUUCAACUGCUUCACCGAUUCUUACCGGAACGAACUGUCCAUCUUUGCAUAGUGUCGGGAGUUUCGUCUAUGGCACGACGCUACCAGAUCCGCUCAAGCACCGCAUACCAGACAGAAUAGUGGUACUGGUUAAAUCUCGGAGGAAUUUUCUCGCCGGUGGUGAACGUAAUAUAGCCCGACAAACUAUUGGACCUCAAAUGAAAUUUAGCUUGCGCCCCGAACACGAAGCCUGGUGGACACCGAAGAUUAAGCAAAUGUAA